CAUCUUCCAGAGACCAUAAUGACAAGGAAGGCUCAAGACCAAGGCAGAUGACACAGAAACAAUCUAAGGUGCAGCAGACACGCUCCCGAUUUCUGAACUGUUUACUCUUUCUACGGAGUCGAAGGGAAAGGGCGCUCCGGUCAAUCCGGGCUGCGGGGUCGGGGCUCUUUUCUCCACCAAGUCCGCAACAACCCCGCAAUCCCAGCUAGAGCAGCCCCUAGCCGCAAUCGGCGGCUCCCGUCGUCAAGAGGCUGCGGUGUGGUUGCCCAGGAAACGCCCCCGUGCCUCCGCAGGGCUCCCCGGGCCUUGUAGUCCGCCGGCCGCCUCUCUUGGACCGGCCACGCGGGGAGAGACUACAACUCCCAGGAGGCAGCGCGGCGGGUCCUGGGGGCGGGGCGGGACCUGGUGGGCGGGUCCGGGCUAGGGCCUUUUCCCUCCCGCAGCUUCCCGGGGUCUCCGCGUCUGGAGGAGGAAGAUGGCGUCGCGGAGGGCUCGAACCUGGCUGCGCGAGCUCCGGACGUCGCCGCUGCUACUGCUGCUGCUGCUGUUCCUCGGGCCGUGGCCGGCGGCGGGCCACGGCGGCAAGUACUCGCGGGAGAAGAAUGAGCCCGAGCCUUCCUCGAAGCGCGAGCCCGGGGGGGAGUUCCGCAUGGAGAAGCUGAACCAGCUGUGGGAGAAGGCCCAACGGCUUGAUCUUCCUCCUCUGAAGCUGUCCGAGCUCCACGCUGAUCUGAAGAUACAAGAACGGGACGAGUUCAAGUGGAAGAAACUGAAGGCUGAAGGCCUGGAUGAAGACGGAGAGAAAGAGGCAAAGCUUGCCCGCAGUCUCAACGUCAUCCUGACCAAGUACGGUCUGGACGGGAGGAAGGACGCCCGGGCCGUGAGCAGCAACUUCAUCAACCAUGGCCCCACCGACCACAGCCUGGAGGACCCCCGGCUGGAGAAGCUGUGGCACAAGGCGAAGACCUCUGGGAAGUUCUCCAGUGAAGAACUGGACAAGCUGUGGCGGGAGCUCCAGCACCACGAGGAGAAGGUCCAGGAGUACAACGUCCUGCUGGAGACCCUAAGCAGGACCGAAGAAAUCCACAGAAAUGUCAUCGGCCCCGUGGACGUGAGCGCCAAGGAGGACGCGCUGCAGGCGAGCCACGCCGAGCUGAAGGACAAGCUGCGGGACAUCGGCCAGGGCCUUGACCGCCUGCGGAGAGUCAGCCACCAGGGCUACGGCGACCAGGCCGGGUUCGAGGAGCCUCGGGUACUGGACCUGUGGGACAUGGCCCAGUCAGCCAACUUCACCGAGAAGGAGCUGGAGGCCUUUCGGGAAGAGCUUAAGCACUUUGAAGCCAAAAUUGAAAAGCAUAACCACUACCAGAAGCAGCUGGAAAUUUCUCAUCAAAAACUGAAACACGUGGAGAGCUUUGGGGACCAGGAGCACGUCAGCCGGAACAAGGAACGGUACGCCAUGUUGGAGGAGAAGACCAAGGAGCUGGGCUACAAGGUAAAGAAGCAUCUGCAGGACCUGUCCAGCCGCAUCUCCAGGGCUCGCCACAACGAGCUCUGAGGCUCCGGAGCCGGGCCGGCGGCACGGAGGCGGCGCCAACUGCCUGGGGCUCCUGCAGAUGGGCCUGGGUCCUCAGGGGUGGCUUGUCACCAGCAGAACCUCAGGGAAGGCGCGAGGGGGACUGGCCCCGAGGGGCCUGGGCC